CUGUAAAAACAAAUUAGGUGCUCAUGGUAAAAGCUAUAGUUUCAUAGUUUCCGCUUUAUUUCAAACUCGCAAGCAGAAAGUAGAAAUUCGGGGAUGACCGAUGCCAGUUUCAUACCUGACGACUGACGUAGCCACUGGAAUUUAGCCCCAAGUCUCUCUCUCUCUCUCUCUCUCUCUCUCAGCGUCGGUGAACAAAAUGGGGAGCUCAUCCAAGGACGAUUCCGGCAGCGAUGGCGAGGCCUCAAGCGGCGAUGCUCCUCCUUCCAAUUCCGGCCUCUUCUCCGAGGGAGAGCGCGUCCUGGCUUAUCACGGUCCUCGCAUCUAUGAGGCCAAGGUUCAAAAAGCUGAGCUCCGAAAGAAGGAAUGGAAAUAUUUUGUUCAUUACCUUGGUUGGAAUAAAAAUUGGGACGAAUGGAUAGGCACGGAUCGACUUUUGAAACAUACUGAAGAGAAUGUCUUGAAACAGCAGGCCCUUGAGAAAAAACAGGGCGUAGACAAGAGUUCAAAGCCUGGACGUUCUGCACAAACUAAGCCCAAAAUCUCUACUGAUGCAAAGGUGGAUAAAGAAGAGCAGAAAAACAAUGUGGCAAAAGGGAAGAAGCGUAAGAGUGACUCAGGCAUUGAGAAGGAUAAUUUCUCUGCGGAAAAACUUGUCAAGAUCCAAAUUCCAUCAACAUUAAAGAAGCAACUUGUUGAUGAUUGGGAAUAUGUCACCCAGCAGGAUAAGCUUGUCAAACUUCCACGGUCACCAAAUGUGGAUGAUAUUUUGACAAAGUACCUAGAGUACCGGUCAAAAAAGGAUGGCAUGAUGACGGACUCAAUAGGAGAAAUUUUGAAAGGAAUACGUUGUUACUUUGAUAAAGCAUUGCCAGUGAUGCUCCUAUACAAGAAAGAGCGUCAACAGUAUCACGAUUCUGUCGAAAAUGACACAUCUCCAUCAACUAUAUAUGGUGCUGAACAUUUACUACGUCUCUUUGUCAAGUUACCUGAGCUAUUGGCAUAUGUGAACAUUGAAGAGGAGACAUUAACUCGCAUGCAGCAGAAACUACUUGACUUUCUCAAAUUUCUGCAGAAGAAUCAAAGUACUUUCUUCCUUUCAGCCUAUGAUGAAUCUAGAGCUUCUGAAGGCAAAGGCAAAGGAAAAGAUGACUGAAUAGUUACCCAAAUGCUUUAACAUUUUCUUUAUUCCUCCUACCAUCAAUUGCUGAAAGCUGUGGCAGAGCAUAGGACCAUGUUGCCAUGUCAUCUGCUGACUAAACCCAGCAAAGAGAUUUUCGUUGUUGUAACAAUAGCAUUUGUUAUUCUUUUUUAUUUUUAGGGAAGGGAUUUUCAGUGAUUUCUAAUGAGACUUUGUACAAUGACGGGCUCCUUGUUGGCUACAUACUUAUCUGUCAUAAUCGGUACGACUUAGCAUCGUUUAGGCACUGAAAUGUGCAUUAGAUGGGAUGAACCAAAUAUUGAUGCAAAAUGUGCUAGAUAUUUGAAAAGAUUAAUUCUACGCUUCUAUCAAGUUGAACGAUUGAUAGUA